CGCUGGAGAAGAGAGGUGGGGGAUCGUAGUCCAACGCAAAACCCCUCCUAAAUUUCUAAGAAGUAGAAACCAAACAAGCAAGCAAACAAACAGACCCCUCUCUCUUCCUAAGAAGAAACGCCCGCACCGCGCCCUCAAGAGGCAGGCAGAGAAAGAGAAAGAGAGAGAGAGAGAGAGACCGAAGAUCAACAACAAUGGCGAUCGCCUUCUGCUUCAACCCUUCUCUCUCUUCUCUCUCUGCUUUUUCCAAUCCAAACCUUCCAUUCUCGUCCUCCGCGUCAUCCUCAUCAGCAGUACCCCUGCUCCACCUCCGGCUCACCCUAUCACCCCCCACUCCCUCACUCCGCCACCACCCAAAGCUCCCGGUCAUCCAUGCACUCUCAGCCCGAAGCGACGCAGUACUCGCUGGAGGCGGCGGCGGCGACCAAAACAACAACAACAACUACAACGGCGGGAACAACGGCGGGGAUGGCGGGGGGGAAGGGGAGAAUGCGGGGGGCAAGAACAGGGAGGAGGCGAUGAUAGUGCUUGCGGAGGCUGGGAGGGUGCUGGAGAGUCUGCCGAAGGACUUGAAAUCGGCGAUCGAGGCAGGGAGGGUGCCAGGUGCGGUGGUGGAGAAGUUCCUGGAGAUGGAGAAGUCCGGGAUCCUCCGGUGGCUCAUGCAGUUCGGGGGGUUCAAGGAGCGCCUCUUGGCCGACGACCUCUUCCUCGCCAAAAUUUUUAUGGAGUGCGGUGUCGGGAUCUUCACCAAGACUGCUGCAGAGUAUGAACGCAGGAGAGAGAAAUUUUUCGAUGAGCUGGAAAUUGUUUUUGCAGAUGUGGUAAUGGCCAUAAUUGCAGAUUUUAUGCUUGUUUAUCUUCCUGCCCCUACUGUUUCUCUCCGACCAGCACUUGCAACUGGCGCAGGAUCAAUUGCUAAGUUCUUCCAUAAUUGCCCUGAUAAUGCAUUCCAGGUUGCCCUUGCUGGAACAUCAUAUUCAUUUUUACAGAGAUUUGGUGCAAUAGUGCGGAAUGGGACAAAACUUUUUGCAGUUGGCACCGCUUCAUCACUGGUUGGCACAGCUGUUACAAAUGCCUUGAUCAAUGCGAGAAAGGCUGUUGAUAAGGCUGCUGGAGUUGAAGUGGAAAAGGAAACAUUGCCUAUACUAUCCACCAGUGCUGCCUAUGGUGUCUAUAUGGCGGUUUCUAGCAAUCUUCGAUACCAAGUUCUAGCUGGCGUUAUUGAACAGCGGCUUUUGGAACCCUUGCUACACAAGCACAAGCUUAUGCUGAGUGCCAUUUGCUUUGCUGUUCGGACCGGCAACACAUUCGUUGGCUCAUUAUUGUGGGUGGAUUAUGCUCGAUGGCUAGGAUUACAAUAAUGCUUGGGAGCAAAAGAGCGGCUGCAUUUUCUGAUGUGAUUGUGAUUUUUGGAUUGGUUUGGUCCAUUGUAAGACGAUUCAUAAAGUUGGGUAAAUUGACACCAAUUCAGUUCACCAGAAAUUUGGUUCCCACUAUGCUUAGGUCUAUUUGGAUUAUUGGAUAUUUAUACACACAUCGCAAAGCUGUUCAAGCUGAGCUAAAAGUUUGUGUUUUAUACUCUUUUUCCCUUCUAUUCCAACUUUUUUCUUAAA